GCCGUGAGAUCAGAAUCUAAGGUCACAAUUCUCUCUGUUUUCCCCUCCUCCAAAUUUCCCAAAACCCUCUCGAUUGCUACUCUUCUCCGAGCUUCCACCCCCUUUUACGCAGCCAUUUUAUAAUACCUCUCGUCUUCUCAAAAGCUCAUAAUCUGCACACGCAUGCAUAGAAUAUAAUAUGAAAUAAUCUCCAUACACAUCAGGGUUUAGUGCUUACAUACGCUGAGAUAUAAGGAAAAGGAUUUUGAUUCGUUUUGGUGAGGUGAGGAGUUAGAAAGCUAGAGUGGAUGGCAGGAGGUGGUUCGUCUGAUGCGAAGGGGAAUAUUUCCGGCGUCCGUAUCGUGGUCGCCGGUGAUCCAAGAACGGGGAAGUCCAGUUUAAUUCUGACAGCUGCCACUGAAUCAUUUCCCCAGAACAUACCCCCUGUACUGCCUCCUACAAGGCUCCCAGAUGACAUAUUCCCUGAUAGAGUUCCUGUUACCAUCAUCGAUACCUCGUCUAGUCCAGACAACAGGAGUACAGUUUUUGAAGAGAUGAAGAGAGCUGAUGCAGUCGUACUAACAUAUGCAUGUGAUAGGCCUGCUACUCUUGAUCGGUUGAGCACAUACUGGCUACCUGAACUUCGUAGAUUAGAGGUCAAGGCCCCUGUAAUUGUUGUGGGUUGCAUGCUUGACAAGAGAGCUGACCAGCAAGCUAUUAGUUUGGAGCAGGUCAUGUUGCCCAUAAUGCAACAAUUCAGGGAGAUUGAAACAUGUAUUGAGUGCUCCGCAUACAAACUAAUUCAGGUUGCUGAGGUUUUCUACUAUGGGCAAAAGACUGUUCUGCACCCAACUGCUCCACUUUUUGAUCAGGAAGCACAAACUUUAAGACCAAGAUGUGUUAGAGCUUUAAAACGUAUUUUCAUUCUCUGCGACCAUGAUAGGGAUGGUGCCCUUAGUGAUGCCGAGUUGAAUAAUUUUCAGGUCAAAUGCUUCAAUGCUCCACUCCAACCAUCAGAAAUAAUGGGGGUUAAGAAAGUAGUUCAAGAGAAACUGCCUGAAGGAGUCAACAGUCGUGGUCUUACGUUGACAGGGUUUCUCUUUCUCCAUGCCCUGUUUAUUGAAAAGGGGCGUUUGGAGACAACUUGGACUGUUCUACGGAAAUUUGGAUACAAUAAUGAUAUCAAACUUAACGAGGAUCAACUUCCUUCUCCAGUCAAGAAGCACCCAGACCAGAGCGUGGAGCUGACAGAUGAGGCCGUAGAAUUCCUCAAAAAUGUUUUUGUCUCAUUUGACCUUGAUGAAGAUGGAGCUCUUCGAUCUAAUGAUCUUGAUAAUCUGUUUUCGGUGGCACCUGAGAAUCCCUGGAGUGAAGCUCCAUACAAGGAUGCUGCUGAGAAGGAUGCUUUGAGAGGACUCUCACUCGAUGGGUUUCUUUCACUGUGGAGCCUCAUGACACUUAUUGAUCCAAUGGCUGCUGUGGAAAAUAUUAUAUACCUUGGAUAUGCUGGUGACCCUUCAUCUGCCAUCCGUGUCACUCGAAGAAGACGCUUAGAUCGGAAAAAGCAGCAGUCAGAUAGAAAUGUGUACCAGUGUUUUGUUUUUGGUCCGAAAGGAGCCGGAAAAUCUGCAAUUUUGAAUUCUUUCGUCGGAAGGCCUUUUUCUGAGGAAUAUGAAUCAAAUGCUGAUGAAAAAUACACAGUUAAUGUUGUGCGUCUACCUGGGGGUGGAAAGAAAACUCUGGUAUUGCGCGAGAUUCCCGAAGAUGGAGUCAAGAAGCUUCUCUCUGAAAAAGAUGCUUUAGCAGCUUGUGAUGUGGCAAUAUUUGUCCAUGAUAGUUCUUAUGAGCCCUCGUGGAAGAAAGCAUCUGAACUACUUGUAGAUGUUGCUAGUAAUGGGGAGGCAACAGGCUAUGAAAUCCCUUCUCUCAUUGUGGCAGCUAAAGAUGAUUUGGAUCCGUAUUUGACUGAAAUACAAGACUCAACAAGGGUUAGUCAGGAUAUGGGGAUAGAAGCUCCUAUACCAAUUAGUUCGAAGCUUGGGGAUUUUAGUAAUCUGUUCCAAAGGAUUGUUAAUGCAGCAGAGCGGCCGCAUCUGAGCAUUCCAGAAACCGAGGCUGGCAGAAGCAGGAAACAGUAUCACCGUCUUAUCAACCGCUCACUUAUGUUUGUUUCAGUCGGGGCCGCAGUCGCAGUUGUGGGCCUUGCGACAUACCGUGUUUAUGCUGCCAGGAAGAGCAGCAACUCUAGUUGAAUAAAAGGUGUUGGUGAGGCAGACAAACAACUUCAAUCAUGCUGGUGUUCUUUACCCCUACUUGGUGUGGAACUUUCAUAAUCUUUUCUUGAAUUAUUUCUAUGUACAAUUAGCCCUUUUUCUAGUAGCCUUCAGUUUGCAUUUUUGAGCUCUUCUUAGUAAGGUGGUCCUGCAGAUAGAAGAAUGUAUUGGUGAAAGUAAUGCAUGUUUGUGCUAUAAAAAGGAUUUAGGCAAAUCUGUUCCCUUCUCAUGAAAAAGUGAAAAACUAACUACUCGUUUCCUAGUAGUUAAAUUUCACUCGCCAAGUAGGAGUGCGAUCACCAGGAAAACUGAUUUUCUUAUUUGGUAAGCAUUAGAAAAUGGAAAGGGAUACUGAGGUUAAGACCAAAACACCCUUGUGAUUUUUGAACAAGUAUGAUAUAAAUAAUAAAAUUCGGACCCUCCCUGCAUUUC